GAAGGCAGCAGGAGAAGCUGUCAGGUGGGAACAGAGUUCGCAUUUUUUUUUUUUUACACUUUGUGGACAUAUAUUUUGCGAUGGAUCAACAGCCCCCACCUAAGCCAUGGGAAAGGCGGAUUCCAGGUGCAAUGAGUGCACCUAUAAAUUACAGAUCUUCAAACUUUGGACCAGCUGCAGGCCCCUCUGUUUCUGCAGGCCCUCCCGUCCUGACCAGGAUGGUGCCCCCGUUGCCCCCUCGUCCCAUCCAGCAGGCUUACCGUCCGGCCUACAGCUCUUUCACCUCCUCUUACAGCCCCUAUGGGAGCUCCAUGUAUGGGGGCUACAGCCCCUACACCUAUGGUGGCGGUGGCUACGGCAUGGGAGGAGGGUACAGCCGCCUCUCCAACACGGAAGACGUUGCCCCCAGCCGGUUUGUGCAACAGGCGGAGGAGAGCAGUCGCGGCGCCUUCCAGUCUAUCGAGAGCAUUGUCCAGGCCUUCACCUCCGUUAGUAUGAUGCUGGACGCCACCUUUUCAGCUGUGUACAACAGUUUCCGUGCGGUGUUGGAUGUAGCCAACCACCUAACGCGGCUGCGUUCACACCUCACCAGAGUCUUCUCAGCCUUUGCUCUGGUACGCACUUUGCGCUACUUCUACCGACGGCUACAGAGGCUGCUGGGGCGAAGGUCAGACGCUGAGGUUGACGACUUGUGGGCAGACAGUGCAAGCGAUGCCCUGGCUACAGGUGCAUCCAGAGUGGACGGAGCAGGGAUGGAGGGUCCGGCCGUGAAGUCCUGGCCAAUCUUUCUGUUUUUCGCUGUAGUAUUGGGGGGACCCUACCUUAUCUGGAAACUGCUGAGCUCCAGUCCAGCUGAAGAAAACGCCACUAAUUGGGCCAGCGGGGAGGAUGACCAUGUAGUCGCCAGAGCGGAGUAUGACUUUUCAGCUGCUUCUGAGGAGGAGAUUUCUCUGCGGGCUGGAGACAUGCUCAACCUCGCCCCUAAAGAGCAACAGCCCAGAGUGCGUGGCUGGCUGCUGGCCAGCGUGGAUAGCCAGACCACGGGACUUGUCCCAGCCAACUAUGUCAAGGUCCUGGGCAAGAGGAGAGGCUUUAAGUACACCGAGAUGGAGAGGCUUGCUCAGGUCCAGGAAGGGAACACACAGGCCUCCCCGACACCCCUUACUGCACACCCAGAGUCAAAUACUGCCCAAGGCUUUACUCCAGGCCUUGGUUCAGCCUACACCCCAGAGGAACUGCUAGAAUCGGUGUACAGAGAAACACCGUCUUCCUUCAGUCUGGGAACAUCCAACCCCAGUAUGCCCUCCAGCACAGUGCUAAACAUCCCUGAGAAGACUGACCUGUGAUGUUUGUGCAUGAAUGGAUUUCUGUGUAUGCAAGUCUACGUGUGUUCAUAACACUGGUUGGCUCAGUCAGUAUUUGUUUGCAGUCUAACUCUGAAGCUUAACUAAUAAUCAGCCGACAGUAGAUAUUUGGGGAAAACACCAUAGACCUCGUCAAGAAUUGCUCAAAGUAGUUCCUAGGCUCAUCUAUAAGGUUUUAUAUCCUCAAACACAAUCUGGACCUUCUGAUAAGGUUAACGGUCAAAAAUGGUUUCCAUACAUAGGUUCAGCGUGUUUCAAAUUAGGAGGUUAUUCUUACAUUUUUUCAGUCAGAGCUUGUACAAGAAAGAUGGUACACUGCUGUUCUUUUUAAGAUCAUGUCUGAUUCAAGAUGUACCAGAUUGAGAUUGCUCUAUAACAAGAAUUAGUUCAGUGUUUAAGGUAAUACGGUGCACGAUAAAUCGGCUGUAUACAGUGUAAAGACAAAGCAAGGGUAUUUUGUUUGAUAAUAUAAUUAUGUCAUUUUCUUUUUGCUCUCAGUUGUAGGCUGCUUGGUCCUCAGCAUUGUCUUCUUUGUGAAAUGUGAUUGGAUUCAUUCAGAAUGGGAUGGGGCUCGUUUUGCACAUUGUUAGCUAUUCGUUGGUCACAAAGUAAUUUUGUAAAUAUUUAAUAUCAUUAUUUUGAAAAUAAAUAAUUUAAAAAAA